AUGGCUAGUGCGGAGUUCGACCGUCGUGUUCGACGCUCUGCCGGGGUCGUCCCAAAAACUCCCACAAAAACCACUCCUCGUGGUGAUCGAUCCGAUCUGGAUUCAGACGAGUUGAUGAGCAGACUUAAUCAAGUUGCCUCAACGCCGGCUGCCACUCCCCCAUCCCGUAAGAGAAUUAAGGUGUAUGGCGAUAGAUAUAUCCCAUCGAGAGAUGUUGAUAUCCAAGCAGCCUUCAAUCUGGCCACAGCCAUCGGAUCCCCUUCCACUCCCUCCAAGCCUCGAAAGAGAGCUCCAAAUGGAGAGUUGAAUCACCAGCAAAAGGAACAAGCGGAUAGAACAUAUCAGUCUGUUCUUAAAAGUGAAAUAUUCCCAACUAUCCCGCAAGCUCCAGAUAGUAGGGAAAUCACAAAUUAUACGGAGAGGUCCAUUGUUGCCACUCCUCCUUCUAUCCACCAGAGCACACGUGCGGUGGACUUUGAUAUCCCACAAACACCUCGUUCUUCCAACAUCCUCUCAUAUGGCUCUCCAGUUUCGAACAGGUCUACUGGCAGACGCCAUAUGGAUCCCCGAGCUGACAUCUACUCUCUUUCCCCCAUCCGCUAUGAUUCCCAGAGGAUGCUUCUCUCCCCCCGAAGGCAAGUUCGCACUGUCUCUAAGGUCCCAUACAAGGUCCUUGAUGCUCCAGACUUGGCCGACGACUUCUAUCUCAAUCUUGUUGAUUGGGGUAGCACCAAUAUUCUUGGUGUCGGACUAGGAAGCUCAGUCUACAUGUGGAACUCGGUUUCUGGUCGUGUUACAAAACUUUGUGAUCUUGGUGAAGAUCUUGUCACCAGUGUCUCAUGGAUCCAGCGUGGAUCUCAUGUUGCCAUUGGCACCAAUAAAGGCUUUGUCCAGAUCUGGGAUGCCGAGCGAUGCCGUAGGCUUCGAACCAUGACUGGACACACAAUGCGUGUUGGUGCAUUGGCAUGGAAUGAGCAUAUUCUCACUUCAGGCUCGCGAGAUCGAACCAUUUAUCACCGCGACGUUCGUACUCCGGACCAAUUCAUGGCUCGACUGGUUGGUCACAAGCAAGAGGUCUGUGGUCUUAAGUGGAACCCAGAUGACAACCAACUUGCCUCCGGUGGUAACGACAAUCGCCUUUAUGUCUGGGACAAAACCAACACUUCCCCACUGUACAAAUUUAAUGAACAUACAGCUGCCGUUAAGGCAAUUGCUUGGUCUCCUCACGCCCGUGGCACCCUUGCUUCCGGUGGUGGUACUGCCGAUCGCCGUAUCAAGUUCUGGGACACGCUCCGUGGGGUUGCCACCAAUGAGAUCGAUACUGGCUCUCAGGUCUGCAACCUUGCCUGGUCAAAGAACUCGAACGAGAUCGUCUCCACUCAUGGAUACUCUCAAAAUCAGAUUGUCGUUUGGAAGUAUCCUAGCAUGCAGCAAGUCGUUUCUCUCACUGGUCAUACUUACAGGGUAUUGUAUCUUGCUAUGAGCCCGGAUGGUCAAGUCAUCGUCACUGGUGCCGGUGACGAAACCCUUCGGUUCUGGAAUUGCUUCACCAAGGAUAAGACAAAGACUCGCACGCUGAGUCUUCUCGAUGGAAUGGAUCAAAUCCGUUGA